CGUAGCGGCCUGGAGUUGGUGCACGCAGGACGUUUCUCGCACCUUGACUCCUGCCCUCCGUGGGAGCCUGUUUGUGCUUAGUCCUGUGCAUACGCCUUGCAAGCGACGGCGCCAUGAGUCUGUCUUCCAGCGUACGAGCUAACAUUGAACACCACCUGUGUGCCAGGCCUGAGAAAAAAACAUUACCAGGCACACCCUACCAAUCUGGGGAAGAGACCUAGGGAGGCAAAGAUUUAAACACAGCUCCCCUUCCCCUCUCCUGAGAAGAAAAGAACAUUCUGAUUCUGUGGCAGUUGACACUGGGCAAGAGAGGACCGUUUUGGACAGAAAAGAGGUUAAAGGAACAGAAAGGUCCACUCCAUGCUGGGAAUAGACAACUCUCCUCUGAGGCUGAGGCUAACCAGACUAUGCAGAGCUUUCUUCUCUCCAGCGUUCUGUGGAAUUGGGUUGAAUGGAUCGCAGCAGUUACUAUUGCUGCUGGUACAGCUGCGAUUGGUUAUCUAGCUUACAAAAGAUUUUAUGUUAAAGAUCAUCGCAACAAAUCUAUGGUAAACCUUCACAUCCAGAAAGACAACCCCAAGAUAGUACAUGCUUUUGACAUGGAGGAUUUGGGAGAUAAAGCUGUGUACUGCCGUUGUUGGAGGUCCAAAAAGUUCCCAUUCUGUGAUGGAUCUCACACAAAACACAAUGAAGAGACUGGAGACAACGUGGGACCUCUGAUCAUUAAGAAAAAGGAAACUUAAAUGAACAGUUUUGAUGCUGCAAACCAACUAGUCAUGAUGUUACCUGAUUGUUUAAUUGGAAUGGCUACCACUUCUGUCUAUUUCACUUCCCCUGGGUUCUAGAUGUGAUACAUUGAAAAUUGCAGCUUUCAUACUCACAGCAUUUGCCUUACUUGUUGAACCAUCGUGGUACACAUUUGUUUAAACAAAAAAAGGAAAAAGUAAAAACGAACCUUAUGGCCCAUGGGUUAUCUUGGUCUUGUAAGGAUCCGUUUCUUUACGUUUAAAAUAAUUACAUUAGAAUAUAGUUGUAUGUUGAAGUUAAUACAUUAAAUUAUUCUCAGAAUGAUGUAUAUGUAGAUUGUACUUUCAAAGAAAAAUCAUCACCUUUUAAUAUUACUUAGUUAACCUAGAAAGUAAAUUGGGUGUGAUUAAGCUAUAUUAAUCUCUUAAUAUAGGAAAAACCUGUUAUGACCUUGAUUCUCUUCUUGACAAACAGAGGUAAUAAGAAAAUAUAGCUUUAUGUUUUCAUAGUUUUUAAUCAAAAUGAACUUUGAAUGUUAUUCUGCUUAAUUAUAAGUGGUCCAGGUCUAAAAUGAAAGGGCACAGUAGCUUCUUUAUUCAUUUGCAUGGAUAUUUAAUUGACCCAUUAAAGGAGCCAAUACUGGGAAUUUAGAUCAAAGUGGUAAUAGUCUUAAAGUAGUCAUGAAGAAAGUUGUAAAAUGUAAUGCUCCAGAAUUCCAGCCCAAGAAGUGUCAAGCACUUGAAGCGGGGACAUUGAAGGAAUUGGAACACAUGAUGUCCAGUCUCUUGAACACAAAGCUGCACAUCCAUGACAGAAAUAGUAGUCACAAAGCUAGAUCAAAAGGCGCGAGAAGAUUUAUUUCCCACUCUUGAUUCAGGCACAUGCUAUUCGGGGAAGAAAAAUAAUUACAUUUUCUUAAAUUGUAUGAUUUUUAAAAGCAAAAAAAUUUGAAGACAAGAUUUUGUUUAUAUAAUAUUCUUUGAAGACUCAGAUCAUUGCAUUCAUUUAAAAAAAUGUGAAAACUGAAAAUACUAGGAGCAAAAAAAUAUGAAGACAGUAGUAGUAAUACAUGUAUUUUUAAAGGAGAUUAGUUCUUUGGGUUUUGCGAGUCAGAAGGAAAAAUCAGGACAAGAUAUAUACAUAAUACAGGCAUACAAUUGAAAUUGACAAAGGUAAUGAAAAUAUUCCCAUCAUUUCUUUUAGUAUACAUGAAUUCUCAGUAGUAGUAGGUAACACGUUUCUACUUGAUAAAAUUCAGAAUUACCUUGGAAAUCACAGGAAUCAACAAACCAACUAUCAGCAUUCCUAUAUUAUGUAGGAUCACUGAUAUUUUUUAAUGUACAAUUUUGUGUAUUACAGCACAUAAAGUUUAUACCAAAA